AUGAACGGUAUUGUUGAUUGGUUGCCAUACAUUGACAAGCCGGUUGCUGAAUUGAGAGGUCAAAUUGAACUAUUGGUAGAGCAAGAACUUCAAAACUGUGAUUUGAACGUGGUACACCCAGAAGUGGAAAAUCUAUUAGGUGGAGAAGUACCAUCACGAAUUGCUUCUUUGUUUCCACGAGGCGUGAAACGAUCACAACCUAACACAGAAGAUGUGGCAAUGAUAAAGAAAAAGUGCUCAGGAAUUGACAAAUCGCGCUACGAGCUGAGUAACUGUAAAAGCCAUGCUCGGCGAGCUAUUCUACAUUCUUACAUGGGCCAUCAAGAAGCUGUACUGACCAAUUUGUUGCCACGAACCUUGGCACAACAAUGGGCCACUAAUAAUGAGUAUAUGAAAGGUGUGUGUGACUCUGUGAACAACGUCUUGGAAUUACAAGAAGGACAGAUUCGAGACCUAGAAGAACACAGAAAACACAUACAAAUCGAAGCUAAGCGCGAACUGGCUUAUCUGGAAGACCAGUGGAGAGACAAACUGCUGCAGAAUGUCGAAGGGGCCAUCGAAAAUGGCACUUGA